AUGACGACGCCCCCCGUCAGACCCGCCGUGGCCAGGCCCCUGCCAAAUGCUGUUGGCGCCGUAGCGACCGCCACCCUGCCCCUGAUUGUGGCCGCCGCCACCACCACUGCUGCCGCCCUCCUGCCAGAACCCCGCACCGCUGCCGCCCCCCUCCGCGCGCCGCCCGUCACCACCCUCACAGUCGAGCCGUCGCUUGUUGCGGCCGUCGCCACCCAUCGCCGUCACCUCCGCAAAGGAUCGAAGGCCCCUUCCAGGCCCGUUGGACAGGAGAGCAAGAGUGGGCCGAACCCAGCACACGGCCCAGAGCCUGCAGACGAACCUGGCAGCCUGGGGAACUCCUCCAGGCCCGGAACGGCCACGCUGGCAGGCCGGCCCAAGUCCAGCCCACCAGCCUGGCACGAAGCGCUCCCCUGCGCGACGCUCCUCCCCUCCACAGUCCCGACCUCAGGCGGCGCCGCAGCCGCCGCCGUCUUCCUCUGGUCGUUCGGCCGCCGGUCUCCCGUGACCGGGCCGCCUACCGCAGGAGAAGCCGCUAACGAGGGACCCCGUCCACCCCGCGACCAGCCAGCCUCCCCAAGUCGCCCGAACCUGGAGGUCUGGCCCGCCGAGAACCGCGAGCCCUUGCCUCCCGGCGCGAAGGCCCGCCGUCGACGGUGGCGGAGUGAGCCCCCAAGCUCCUCCGCCCGAUGGAUGAACCCAUCCAGCGUAACCGAGGUCGCUGGCCGCCGCCGGCCCUCCGCAGAGGACGAAUCCCCAGAUUCCGUCUCCGCGACGCACGGGUCCUCGCCGGCGUCCUCGUCGUCGGACACUGCGAGCGCCCAGAAGCGCCCGAGGCUCCGCCCCAUGCCCUCACCGGGGGACGGGACAGAGCAGAGGGUACCUGCCCUGGCCGCCGUCGGGGGCGAGCAGGUCGCCGUCGCCCCGCCAUCGCCUUUCGAAACGCCCACACCUGUCCGCCCCAUCUUCCUCUCAUAUGAUCCAAUUUUUAUGAUUCCUGCAACCGACGCUCACGGAGGGAUACCUCGGCAAUCAUCUUCAUGCCCAAGUUGGACGACGAGUACUACCACCCGGUCUUGGACUACCUGUGCUCCAUUAUGCUAAGCACUACAACCUGGAGAGUUCCAAUCACGAUUGACUUUUCCUGCAGUUAAGGAGAUGUUUCUCCAAGUAGUACGCUCAAAUGCAGAAAGAAUAAAAUUGGACCAAUGAACAUCAGUUACAGUAAAGUACUGUUUCUAGCUGGUGCAAAGCUUGAUUGCUGGAAAUAGAGGAAACAAUUUCCUACAACUCACGACACAAGGUGUGGAUGUACCUCAACCUAUCACCCAGCACAUCUUGCACCUAGAAGGCCUGCUUGGAGUGAUGGGGUCGCUUUGUGUCCAGCUUUCCAGUGGAGGGACAAAGUGAAGCUCCAGUGUCAUCGAAGCGCGGGAAGGAUGCAUGUAAGGUGGUGGAGAAGGAUGUCGAUGAUUCCGUGGUUAUUGCUCUUGCGGCUCUUGAAGGAGAUGUGCCUGCGUGACUAAAUCUGCAAGAGAGAUCUUAUUAUCACUUUGAAUUAUUGACAUUUUAACUAUCAUUUUUUCCAAUUGAAAGUACUAAAAAGAGUUGUACAACAUGCACAUCACAUAUUCUCCAGUUGACAAGUUCGCUGCAUGACGCAAGUUCACUCAACUUUUCUUGGGGUCA